CUGCACGGCGGCGGUGGCGGCGGAGGCCAGUGGGUCCUCCAGCGACUCUGGGGCGGGGCUGUGGGGACGGUGCCCACCGACUGCUGGACUUGUCAGGAAUGGGGGGUGUGGCUGGUCGGCCAGCAUCUUCCGGGUGGGAGAAAGGGUCCGCUGUUACCGGCGGCACAACCUCCAAGGCCUGCUGCUAGAGAUGCUCUUCCUCUCGUUUCAUGCAGGCUCUUGGGAAAGCUGGUGCUGCUGCUGCUGUGUGAUUCCCGCGGACAGACCUUGGGACCGGGGCCGGCGCUGGCAGCUGGAGAUGGCGGACACACGAUCAGUGUAUGAAACCAGGUUUGAGGCGGCCGUGAAGGUGAUCCAAAGUUUGCCGAAAAAUGGAUCAUUCCAACCAACAAAUGAAAUGAUGCUUAAGUUCUAUAGCUUCUACAAACAGGCAACUGAAGGACCCUGUAAACUUUCAAGGCCUGGAUUCUGGGAUCCUAUUGGAAGAUAUAAAUGGGAUGCUUGGAGUUCGCUGGGUGAUAUGACUAAAGAAGAAGCCAUGAUUGCAUAUGUUGAAGAAAUGAAAAAGAUUAUUGAAACUAUGCCCAUGACUGAGAAAGUGGAAGAGUUGCUGCAUGUUAUAGGUCCAUUUUAUGAGAUCGUAGAAGACAAAAAGAGCAGCAAGAGUUCUGACUUGACCUCAGUCCGAUUGGAGAAAAUCUCUAAGUACUUAGAAGAUCUUGGUAAUGUUCUGACCUCUUCAAAUGCCAAAGCUGUUAAUGGUAAAGCGGAGAGCAGUGACAGUGGGGCUGAGUCUGAGGAAGAAGAGGCCCAAGAAGAGUUAAAAGGAGCAGAACAGAGUGGCAGUGAUGGUAAGAAAAUGAUGAAGAAAUCAACAGAUACGAAUUUGGAAAUUAUUGUUACCAACGGCUAUAAAGAUAGCUGUGCUCAGGAUAUACAGAGUGAUGUUCAAACCGAUUCUUCCCCGGGGACCAGAAGCAGUGAAGAUGACAAGCCUGCAGAUCAGAGUUCGCAGUGGACGGGAAGCACUGUUGUCUGGGUUCACCAAGAUAAAAAUGAAGAUCCCAGUGAAGAUGCUUCAGGAAUACAUCAUUUGACAAGUGAUUCAGAUAGUGAAGUAUACUGUGAUUCUAUGGAGCAAUUUGGACAAGAAGAGUGUUCCUUAGGUGGUGGUCUUCCUCAGCACUUGGAAUGCUCUGGGUUUUGUGAAGAUGCUCCACAGUCCCCUGGAAGCAGCAGCACUGGGGACGUGCAGAUGGUAGCAGUCAGGGGGAGCGGCGAAGUGACACACGGAGGGGAAGAUGGCAGAAGUGGCGGUGGAGCACCGCCCCGAGAGAAGAGAGGCGGCGAGAGCGAGGACUUCUCCAGUGUCAGGAGAGGGAGAGUAGGGCAUAGAAUACCACAUUUGAGUGAAGGGACCAAGGGUCGGCAAGCAGGAAGUGGAGGUGAUGGAGAACGCUGGGGCUCAGACCGAGGGUCCAGAGGCGGCCUCAACGAGCAGAUCGCUCUUGUGCUCCUGAGAUUGCAGGAGGACAUGCAGAAUGUCCUUCAGAGACUUCACAAACUGGAAACACUAACCGCUUCGCAGGCGAAAUUAUCUUUGCAGACAAGUAAUCAGCCCUACUCACAGAGACCAUCUUGGUGGCCCUUUGAGAUGUCCCCUGGUGCAUUAGCUUUUGCUAUUGUAUGGCCUUUUAUUGCUCAGUGGUUGGUGCAUUUGUAUUAUCAAAGAAGGAGAAGAAAACCAAAUUGAAGAAAUGGCCUUUUACUCAAGAAGCCUGCUGGGCCUGGAUGACCUACGAGAUGGACUGGAAAUGAAGUGGAAUUCACAAGAAAAUCUCAGUUUUGAUGAUUACAUUUCUCUUUUGUCCAGUAGUUUGGUUUAUAUACAUAAAUAUACUUUGCACUACACAAAUGGUAACAUUUUAAAUACUAAUAUUGCUGAUACUUGAAAAAUCAAUCUCAACUAGAUUUUAAGUAGCAUCCAUAGAUUUACUCUUUUUGAGCUUGAAGGAUUAAGUUAUUAAUUAUUGUUCAGUAACAAUCACCUAAUUUUCUCCCAUAAGAAUUAUAAGCUGUAUUUCUAAGGCAUAGUUCCAAUUAUGAAAUAAAAUUUAUACAGUUUUUCUAAAUUAAACACAAGAAAGAAUGCAAAAACAAGAGUGGCCUUUAAAUGAGGUUAAAUCAAUUUUGUAUCAGGCACUGAACUGUCAGCUAGGUAGCAGAAAACUGAUGGAGGAAUCCUCUGUAUUCUUUGUGGUUUGCACAGAAGACUGGGCUUUAAUUUAGUGGCUUGAUUUCCCUGGCUUGCUCAGGGGAACUCACAAAAUCUUCGCCCUUGUACUGUGCUUACUGUUUACAAAUGAUUCAUUGAACAGACUUAACUUGAUGGAAAUGGUGAAGACUAGGCCUAAUGUAGGUCUAAACGUGUAUUCCAACUCUAGAGAUGGCUAAUCAGACUUUAAUUCAACCAUGCACAUUUAAUCCUUUUUAACCAUUUUUCUUUUAAGUGAGGAUAUCUAUCUACUGUCUGCUUCAUAGGGUGCUUUGCAAUAAAAUGAAAACUUAUUUAUACUGUUUUUACUAAGGUAACAGAAGCGUGAAAAUCCUUUUUUCUGCAAGUGGUAAAUGACAGUCUGGAUUCUUAACCUUAGUGCCUCAGUUUUCCUUUGGGGUGUACUUCACAGGUAUCACAAGUACUUUCAGUCUACAGGUCGCUAUGUCCACAUGAUGAAGGAAUGCCUCGCUAAUGGAAACAAGCUCCUUCUAGCCAUUAGAACAAAAGGAAGAUUAAUUUAAAUCCUGGAAGACUGUAUUUGAAAAAUAAUCUUGUGUACUUUCCCAAGCCUGUGCUGGGUAAUAUACUUUAUGCUUUGAAGAUUUAAUUUAAAUCUGAAUAACAAAUCGUUUUCUGCUUUUCCUUUUGAGACAGUCUUGGUAGCUCAUGCCUCCAGUUCUCUGUGUAGCUACAGACAAACCUUGAAUACCAGAUGUUCCUCUCUCCCUUCUUUUCAGUUUCUGGGACCAUACGCAUGUACCACCAUGGCCAACUUUAGAGAAUAAAACAUUUUAAUUUGUUCUUGAUUUGUAUGAUGUUGGGGGCAUUAGCACUAGGUAUUGAAUAUUUUCAGUAAGAGGAAAAGAAUCCAUCUCCAGAAUAUAGGGUUGUUCUUUGGAAGGAAAAAAAAGUUUGAGAACAUAAUUUGCUUGUCUUAGACUUUACAAAUUUUUUAAAACUGUAACUUUAUUUUAAAAUUGUGUAUCACAACUUAAUUGAUCUGCCUAAAAUGAUCUACUGGCUUUUGCUUAUGAUUAAAAAAACCUCAAAUCUAUCUUCUACUUUUUAGAAGGAAGAAAAAAAAAACAAAUAACUGAAUUAUUACAGAAAACUUUAGACCUGUGGAGUUUUUGUUUUAAAUUACAAAAGAAGUUGGUAUGAUAAAGUGGUGGCUUUUUUCUUAUAUAAAUAGAAUGCAAAUCAAAGAUGUAAUCAGUUGUGAUUCAUUGCAAGUAGUCAAGUGUAACUAACUUCUAAGGGCAACCAUUUGUAUCUUAUAUAUCAGAAUUACUUUAUAGUUUGAAAGCACUUUGCACACACUUCUUGUACAUAAAGGAUGUAAUUACAGGAUAUAGUGGUAAUGCUUUAAAACAUGAACCUUAUUUUAAAAAUUGACAGCUAUGGUAUUUUUUUAAUGAUCAGCUUUUCUGUUUAUUGUAAAACUAAGUUAAAAAAUAAAAGGUUAAUGAGAAAUGAAAA